UCCAACAUGAUUACACGCUUAAAGUUAACAAACUUGCAAACCCCCUGGUCUUGAUUCCUUGAAUCGUUGCACCAGUAGUCCAUCAUGGAACCCUAGAAUCCAAAAGUUCCCUGGUUCAUCCACCUGCUACUUCUUAGUUUCAGGGUUGCCUUUGGAAGCAGCCAGAGGCUGUAAUCAGUUUGUGUAUCUUAAAUCAUCAUGGCUGAAGCAAAUGGUGGAAACAUGCUGGACAAAGAUCUUAUUGUCAAGAUGGUUAUAUCAUUGGCUGUAGUAGCUGCAUUUAUUAACUUCAUCACAGCGGAUGCUAUUAGAGCAUGGAAGAGGAGAGCCCACUGGGUUCCUAGUGAUCUUCUUGCGCUCAGUGCUCUUACAAUCCUAUUGCUUAACUUUCUUAGUGAUCGAGAUGAUUCAGUCAAAGAGACAUUAGACAGCCAACGAGAUGAUAUCAUUGAGUUGUGGAUGGUCCAUAGUAGCAGAGUAAUGGUGUGCGUGGUGUUAGCAUAUCUACUGCCAGGAAUGGCUUCUCUUGGAUCAGAAAGCUUGUGGCGCAAUUUGAUUGCUUUGAUAGUAACUAUCUUUGUCCACAUGUUCUCUGAGUUGUAUAAAGCUGGUAGUUCCUUGUUUAUAAAGCCUCAACUCUAUGGUGCUUCCUCAAUAUACAUCUCCUUCAUAAUGCUCAUUCUCCUCCUAGGCUGUGCCCAUGUAGCUAGCAGAGGCAUUGAAGGCAUCCUUGCUCAAAAGAUUCCCAUAAUUCUUUCCAAGAGCAUACCUUUUAAUAAAGUGGUAAAAACCACUUGCAAUCAUUCAAAUUGUCUCCAAGCUGAGGAGGACGUUGAGUACACCUGGCAAGCAGUGGAAGAUGAAGUGUUUAAAGCCUGGAUAGUUGCUCAUGCUUACUCUCCUGAAUAUAUCAUUGCCAAGUCUGCUUUGUGUUCCUCUGCAGCAGCCAUAGUCACAGUUCAAAUUGUGAUAUCAACAGUGGGAUUGAUCAUCAAAGGCCACAGAGUAAAUUUCCACAGCAUACUGGACUGCUCCAAGUUCAUAGCUGCUGUCCUGCAAUGUGUAUUCAUUCUCAUAGGAUGGGCUAUCAUUGGAUGGAGAUGGUGUACUUCUGUGGGUUAUUAUGGUAAAUGGAGAAGUGACCAUGGGGAAACCUGCUAUGGUAUUUUCAGGGUUGAGGAUUUUUGGACAAGGCAUAUAAAAGAGCUACAGGCCCAGAAAAGGGAGCUGCCUGAGGCCAAAUCUCUCAGCAAAAGAGUUGAAGACCUGGUUGCCAAGCAACCCAUAAAAAUAAAGCUUCCAGGUACAUUACUGCACCUGCUUCUGGGGAUACAGUGGCUGAUGGCCUUAUUCAGCAAAACAUGCUGGGCUCUUUCUCUCAUGGUCUUCCAUAACAGAUUUGUGGAUAGACUAAUACAUAUCUUGUUGUCAAACCACAUAGAACAUGCAUUUAAAGAUUUCCCAAAAUAUGAAAAAGUUUUGGAGGAUGUGCAAAUGAUGGGAGAGACUCCACGGAGCCUGUGGCUGGCUAACCGAAAAACUAUUGCAAAAGCUAAACAACUUAUCAAGUAUGGAGAAGAAGAUGGGGUAAGUUCUAAAAAGCUGAUUGAGUUUUUGACAGAAAAAAAGACACCCACUUCGUUGGAGUACUUGUACAAGUUGAAUCCACAACCAUUAGAGGUGGAAAAAUACUUCAUGGAUGUGAGCAAACAUUCUUGGAAAAUGAAAGCAAUGUCUCUGAUAAGUUUAGGCAUCAAACUCUCUCCACAAGUGGGUAAAAAUUGCUUGGAGGUUUACUCUCAAGCAUGGGAAGUCCUAGAUUUUGUUGAGAAGAAUGAUGCAGAAGCAGAGGGAAUCAUGGAAGAAGCUGCUGAUAGAUUCUUUUACGCAUUGAAAGAGAGUCUUCCCACAAACAAAUAUGCUUAUGCCGCUACCAUUAGUCCUGCUGCAGUAAUAAAAGAACUUGCAAUGGGAAGUGAAAAGAAGGCAGAGCUAUCCAGAGGCCAUAAACUUCAAGCUAACCCACAACAAAAUAUGGUGGAAGAUUGGGAAACAGAUGCAAACAUGUAUGAAGUAGAAGAGAUCGGCAUCCCUAUGCAAACAGUCAAUUCAAAUGAUUACAAAGUAGCUGAACCAAGAUGCAAUUGGGAUGGACCAGGAGGUAAUGACUCCAUAGAUUGGAAGGAAGUAGCAGCAGCCACAGCAGUCUACAAAUUGUGCGAAAGUAUUGACUGUAACUUAAAUAUGGAUAUAAAUGUUUUGUUAAAAGAGAUAGAAUGUUUAUUGGCAAACAUCAUAUGUGCUUGCCUGCACAAAAUAAAGUCUGCUUUGAUUGUCAACUCCUCAAAAUGGGCAAGAGAUAUCGAAGAAAAUAAAUUAGGGAGAGCACUUUAUACAGCUGGAAAAGCCAAGGCACUGAUGGAAAAGUUGGAUGAUGCUGCUGAGGUAUGUGCCCAAAAGGAAGCAGCUUGUGCCAUUUUAAACUUAUAAGUUAGUAAUUAUUAGGAAGCCAUAGCCUGCUAGCGAUGGUAGCUUGUUAAUCAUAUCUUGGGCUAGAAGUAAACAUGAUAGUGAAUUGUAAUGUCAAAUGCUCUGCACCAGAGAAGAUAACGGUAAGUGGUGAAUUGAAUAGAGUUUAACUAUAUAAAAAGGUGAAUUGUGUUUCAAGCCUUGAAUAUGUUUGUAACGAUUUGGAGUUAUGUUAUAAUGAAGCAAUACUAUCUCAAAUGA